UGACUCUUUUCCUGUGGGGAGAGAAAAAGUUUUGUAACCCCACCCUCCUCACUGACUGGAAGCACAGACGUAGAAGUGGUUCGAGGUCCUGACGAGUCAACACUGACCGAGGGAAGAGGAGUGUGACCGGGAGUCCCUGAUGGAGUUAUUGGCGCUGUUUAUUUACCGACUGGAACAACAAGACCACCGCGCGGGAGCAGGCCACGCGCUCAACUCCAAUUAGGAAGUAACGGGAUUUAUUUCACACUGCGUGUUUGUCAAACAGGUUUGGAUAGCUCUUCCUGUUACCAAACGCAGGUUCCUAAGUUUUUGAAGCUGCGAUAAAGCCCAGCUCAUUGCAGUGCUUCUCAUAACACCGUAAGUAUGGACACUCUCGCGUUAAAGGAUGCGGGAUUUCCUGCCGGAGAGCCGCAAAGUUGCGGUGAGACGCGGUUAUUGGAGGUUUGGGUUUAAUAAUGCGAACUGGUCAGCCCUGAAAAUUGUCGUAAAACACUGGUUGGCUGGACUGAAUGCUCCUUUCCUGCUAUUCUUCUCUGCUUCUCAGCGCUUCCUGCUUGUGGUGGCCACUGCACUUAAUGGCUAAAAAUACAUAAAAACUCCAAAUGGACAGCUAAACGUGGUGGGAAGUUUCAUUUGGAGUGGCGGUGUCGUGAAACACUUCAAGUAUUUCGCAACAAAGAGUCGGACACUUCUACUUUUGGCCUCCAGCUUUGGAAAAAAACACAACUCAACAGGUGGCAAGUCUGAAUGAGGCAAGAGAAGAGCUGAUUUACCCACAAUGGGGCACUUCAAGAGCCUCUUAAAUACAGGCCAGUGAAAUGAUAUUGUGCUUGAACCAUGUUCUGGGAAACCACAUCACUUGAACAGAGAGAAAUUCAGCGGAGACAGUGCUGCCUUUCUGAGCACUCGAACGCAAACAGCUCAAUAUCCCUCGUCUGCGUUUUCCAACAUUGAGCUUUGCGUUGCAACGCCGAGACGAAUGAAAGACGCCUGUCGUUGUGCUAUCUUUGAAUCCUCUCCUGUCGCCCACUUGUUGGUCAAGCUUUUGAACAUAUUUCACUGGUCCCUGAUGAACCAACAAGAAAGACAGGAAAGGGAGCGAGGCGCAAUAAAGUACUCCUUUGUACUUUAUUUUCAAACCCUUGGGGUGCAAAAUCACAUCCAGUCAAAACAUCUGCUUGAGGCUCCAUGGAGCCACUGAAGAACAUAUUCAGUCGUAGCCCACUGUCGAACUGGAAAAAUUUGGAGCAAUCACAAAAAGGGAACUUCACCAACCCCGUGUGGACGGCCUUAUUCGACUAUGAGGCGUCCUGUAAAGAUGAGCUCACCUUGCGUAAAGGUGACUUGGUGGAAGUCCUCUCUCUGGACUCUGAGAUAUCAGGGGACGAGGGCUGGUGGGCUGGCAAGGUCAACAACAAGGUGGGCAUCUUUCCAUCCAACUACGGUUCCUUCAAGCCGAACGGAUACGGGAAGCUACCAGGCAGUGGCGUGGUGGCUGAGCUCGGCCCGGCUGUUGUGGGCGAAUUCGAACCCGAGCCAGUGGAUUUCCGGGAGCUAAAACUUGAUGAGGUCAUUGGGGUUGGCGGCUUUGGGAAGGUGUAUCGUGGUACAUGGAAAGGUGCGCUCGUGGCCGUGAAGGCCGCCCGUCAAGACCCGGACGAGGACAUCAGCGUGACGGCGCAGAAUGUCAGGCAGGAGGCGCGUUUGUUCGCCAUGCUGACUCACCCCAACAUCAUCGCCCUAAAGGGCGUCUGCCUGCAGGAACCCAACCUGUGCCUCAUCAUGGAGUAUGCCUCAGGCGGUCCACUGAGCCGGGCACUGGCGGGGCGUCGCAUUCCGCCGCACGUCCUGGUCAACUGGGCCGUGCAGAUAGCCAGAGGGAUGUUGUACCUGCACAGCGAGGCCAUCGUCCCUGUCAUCCACCGAGAUCUCAAGUCCAACAACAUCCUGCUGGCUGAGCCCAUAGAGAAUGAAUGUAUGGAGGGUUUGACGUUGAAGAUCACCGACUUCGGCCUGGCCAGGGAGUGGCACAAGACCACCAAGAUGAGCACCGCCGGCACCUACGCCUGGAUGGCACCCGAGGUCAUCAAGUCGUCCACCUUCUCCAAGGGCAGCGACGUCUGGAGCUAUGGCGUUCUGCUGUGGGAGCUGCUAACCGGAGAGGCGCCCUACAAAGGGAUUGACGGGCUCGCCGUCGCCUACGGUGUCGCCGUCAACAAGCUCACCCUGCCCAUCCCUUCCACGUGCCCCGAACCCUUCGUUCAGCUCAUGGAAGAGUGCUGGGACCAGGACCCCCACCGCAGACCUAAUUUCAGCUCCAUCCUGACCCAGCUGACGGCCCUGGAGCGGCAGGUGAAGGAAGAGAUGCCGCAGGACUCCUUCCACUCCCUGCAGGACGACUGGAAACUGGAGAUCCAGCGCAUGUUCGAUGAACUCCGGGCUAAAGAGAAGGAGCUGCGAUGCCGCGAGGAGGAGCUGAAGCGGGCGGCUCUGGAGCAGAAGUCCCACGAAGAGUUCCUGCGUCAGCGCGAGCAGCAGCUGGCCCAGUGGGAGCAGGACGUGUUCGAGCGCGAGCUCAGCCUCCUCAUCCUCCACCUGAACCAGAACCAGGAGAAACCCAAUGUCAAGAAGAGGAAGGGCACCUUCAAGAAGCACAAGCUGAAGAGCAAGAACGGCGAGAAGAUCAGCAUGCCUCAAGAUUUCAUCCACAAGAUUACAGUGCAGGCAUCCCCGGGCCUGGAGAAGAGGCGGAACUCUCCUGACUUGGGUUCGGGCUCCUCGCCCUCCUUCGGCCCACGUUUCCGUGCGAUCCAACUAAGCCCCAGUGACAACAGCAGAACGAUUGGUCUGAGCUCGGUCUGGCCCUUAGAGGCUCCCUCUCUUAAACAAGCCAACGGAGACCUGAGGUUAGGCCCUCACUGGAGACCUCAGAGCCCCAAAAGUCCCAAAAGCCCCAAAGUCCUGCGCCUGAGUCCCCAGGAAAGCAGUUUGUCGAUGAGGGCAAAGCUCCUGGAGUCGGACAGCAACGAGAACGGGGAAUCCAAGGAUGACUUUGAGGAGUACAGACCCUCUACGCCAACCUCACCUGCUCAGAAUGGCUCCUCAGUGAAGGACAGCCUGCGCCUUCCUCUACCUCAGCGAGACUCGGGUAGCGAGGAAGGGGGUUCCUCCCCUGCUGGCUCCCCCAGGCCUGAGAGGGGUUCCCUUGGUGGCCUUAAGAGCACCCACCGGGCCCUGCUGGGCAGUGGCUCCCUUCUGGCCUCCAUUGGACUAGGUCGCUGCCUGGAUAUUCCCCCACGGGUGCCCCCUCGAACUAACCCCUCUUCCCUAGGGGACCGCACCCCCUCCGAACCGGAGAUUUCUUCCCCGAAGCCCCUCAUUUCAGACCCCCCAGUAGUGGACGAUCUCAUCACCUUCUCCACCUCCGAGCUGCUCCCCAGGCCGCUCUUGGAUUUAGCUCUGCAGUACCAAGAACUGAAGCCGUUACCUCUGACGCCGCCUCCACCAAACCCGCGUGAGAGGAGCGGCCACCGGACGCCGCAAAUACUGCACAGCCCGCAGAGCCCCAAGACGCCCCUGGAGCAUGACGGGGCCAGCCCGGGGGAGUGGAACCCGAGUUCCCAUUCGACUAACGGGGAGCUGGGCUGUGAGGCCUGGGAGCACAGGGCCGAGAGGAGGAGAAGGUCCAGACAAGGCCUGCACGCCUCUCAGCUAGUUUUGGACCUGCCCUUGUGCCAAGACACACAGGACUCUGAUGACAAGCCUUCAGUUCCCUGUGCUCUCCACCCCAACCCUGCACUCUGGAGCCCCAAAACCCGCCGCCUGGAGGUCAGCGUCAUCCCCCGUCCACGCCCGUCUCCCAUCCGCCCCCGCAUCGAUCCGUGGAGCUUCAUCUCGGCAUCUCGGAGUGUGAACUCGGCUGGUGGCCGCAGCCCAAUCCGCUCAGAAAGCAACCUUCUGGGCUACCAGCCCUCCCCUACCAACCCUUUCCACAACUGUGACCCCUUCCCCUCGCCCGACUGUGAUCCAUUCACCCUCAAGGCCGAUCCCUCGAGUGCCUCGGACAGAGCUUCACCCUUUGACCCCUUCUCCACUCCCUUUCCCACCUCCCGUUCUGCCCCAUGCUCCACUAACGGCUCACCCACGCUGCCCUCGUUCCGUAUAGUGCCCCUUAACCCAGCAGACUCUCCCCUCAUUGACCUGGGCUGGGCGGCCUGCAGCAAGCCCGUGGAUGUCACCAAAGAGAGAGUUCACCCUCGAAAGACACUGGGGCUCAAGCCCUUCAAGUCCCCAACGCAACACAGAGACGACAGAUUCUAAACCUGUGGCGAGGCUGUGAUUUUUUUUUUUUUUAUCACAGGAACAAGGAGCCUUUCCACUACUAUCCUACAUCUUAAAAAACGCACACCCGUCACUCAACUCACCAAGGGAGGUGUCCCACCAGGGGAGCCUUAAUCAUUGCAGGUCCUAUUUAUAUAGCAGCCUGCUGCUUUGGAAACCGGAAAGCCAGUGAAAGGUGGUACAUUUGAUUGUGGGAUAGCUGCCUUUGAACCAAUAGCUGGUGCCCAUUUCAUUCUCCCUCUCUAUCUGUGUUUCCCGCUGCCUUUGAAGGAGCAGAACACAGAUCACUAGUCCCAUCUUCAGAUUCUAUCAGACUGCUCAUAUCACCUGCUUUCAUCUCCCCCCCCUACCUUUGAAGCAUUGUGACAAUGCAGAGGUGGAUAAGGCGACUUGCACAGCUUCAUCUGCCUCUACCUCUCCGCAGACUGAAAGCAUUCAGGACAAUGGAAAAUUGGAGUGCCUUAUUUCGUGAAGUGUUCUUAAUAUAUAUCUUUUCAAGGUUCCUUGAAUGGUUAAUCUGGUGCGUAGGGAAGAUGCUAUGAAUUUGGCUUAAAUUUGGAAAUCAGCUUAGCGUUUCUGGGGAAGAAAUGUUGUCUAUGUGUGUGCGCGCGUGUUUGUCUAGACUCAUUGUUCAAGGAAAGCUUACUGUUCUUUUUUUUUGUUUUUGUUUUGUUUUUUAAAACUGCGUCUGCCUGUUGCAUUAUGGGAGAAAAGCACUCAGGGUGGAUAUACCGGGCCACUCAUGAAAUCCAAGACAAAACCAUGACCCAGGCAUUCCACUUGGAAGCAGAUAACAUUCCAGUCACAUUCUCUGGGAAAUGCCAGGGAUCGGACAGAUUCAUUCGGCUGGCAGGCGACACAGUGCAGGAAACAAGACGGGGAGGGGGGGGGGGCCCUCUGCAUUCCCUUCAUAUGCCAAAGAAUGCCACUGUGACAGUGUAAGGGCUGGGACAAAGAGUGUUUGCAAAUAAAUAGUUUGUACCUCCAUCGAGUGCCAGGCGGGUGGGGUUUGCCACGCUGGACAGCACAGAAAAAGUUGAGACAAUCACAGAUAUUAUUUAAACAUAUCUGUGGUUAUCUUUUGAUAUAAUCCAGCCUGUCUUAUCUCCACCCGUCUGAUGCUGUAGAAGGGGUCAACCUAAAAGUACCAGCAAAUUCUACAAUACGUUGGUAUGGAGGCUUCAUUGAAUGGUUUAUUGAUACUGUAGCCUCGCAAAGCCAGCCCACUUGGACCACAUGGUUGACACUUCUCCCCUCGACCUGAUUCUGAUUGGACGAACACACUAUUAGCUCAGUUGAUGAUCCACCAGUUUUGGUUUUGAAUAGCAUAAGAAUUAUGCUAAAAAGGACUGAUAGCAUAUCUGUUCAUUCAAUAUGUAGUUGGAGCCAGCAGCUGGUUAGCGUAACUUAGCAUAAAGGCCAGAGCUAGCAAAAUCCACUUUCCAGCACCUCUUAAAAACCCUUAUUAAUGUGUUAUAUCUUGUUCGUUUAAUAGCAGUGACUUCCCAGAGUUUUGUCAUCACCUUAAGGCUGCAUCGCUCCAGGAAGUCGGUGCUCCCAGCUGAGAAAUAGCCUGGAAUAUAACCCCAAGAAGACCAGGACUUGUAUUGUGUUAAACUUGUACGGCCUAGACAAACAAGAUGUAUAUAACAUCAUAGAGGUGCUGGUAGGCAGAUUUUGUUACUUUCAGGUGGAGCUAGGCUUUAUGCUAAGCUAAACUAACUGUGUAGGAAUUUGUGAUGGUUACCUGCAUUAAAACAUUAACCGAUUGCUUACAAAUUUAGUCAGCAUCAGUCGAAUCUCAGCCUGUUUAUUUCAGACUUUGGCUGGCUUUGCAAGUCUAAAAUAGCAGGGCUCCUUAACUCUUGUCAUUCCAAGUUGAAGUCCAUCCCAAACCGUUUUAAAACUGCCGAAAAGAUCAGAUCUGGUGGAUAACCGCUAUGUUUAGAUACAACAGAGAAGUUCAGCGCUGAACGACAAUACAGGGAGAAAUUCUUUGUACAGAUGCUGAAAUAUCAAUUUUUAUGGCAACAGCUGUCUCAGCAGACCAGAAUGCACUGGAGCAGCAAGUGAAAAGCUUUCAGCCUCGUGUCAUAGUCAUCAUCACCGAUCGUUCCACAUACUAAAUGUAACUAGUUGAGGCACUUUCUCAGGGGUUUUUAAAAAGCAUCCUGGGAAAUACAUGAUUUGAGGUAGGUUGAGGGGAAAAAAUAAUCCCAGUGUGUGUUGGACAUCACAGGCUGAUGAUGCAUUUCAGUAUCCAAGGAUGUUUGCUUUUAAUGGCAGCCAGCUCUCAAGCAUGUAGUCUAUUAACAUAAUUGGCAUAGGUCAAGCAUGGAAGCAACUGAAAGAGACCCACUUACACGUGGCACAAACACCCAUGUCUUUGCUGGAGCAUUACGAGGUACAAAUACUGAUUGGGUUCAUCACUGACACCGUGUCAUUGAAAGACAAUACCGGCUUUGUUCCGACGAAGUGAAAAACUCGUCUCCAAAGGGGAAAGCUUUGUGAUUAGCGUAAUAAUCCUACUGACGAAACAGAGGAAGCUGAUAGGGAUAAUUAGCCUCUUGAUAAGAGCAGAGAGUAUUAACAAAGCGAUAUUUGGUUAAUUAAUUUUCUUUGACGUUACCAAUAUGCCCCGCUUCCUCCUCGCAAGGUGUCGCUCCUUUCAUCAGCUUACGUCUCAAUAUCAAGUUUCAAAGGCGGGUUGAGCUGUCGUUUCUCCAUUACCUUCCAUUUUUCUGUUUCCGCUGGCUGCACAGCCGAUGGCCGGAUGCAGUCUUCACUGUAGAGGCUCACUUUCUUCUACUUUCUUCCCCCUCAGGUGAUGUGGGAAAUUUUUGUUCUUUGUACUCUCACACCUUUGCUUCCUCCAUCUCUGGAAAGUUUUUCUUGAGGGCAGUUUUGCCUGACACUGCAGAGCAUUCAAUUCAGUAACUGCCAGGUUUCUAUUCGGGAAAAGGAAGUCCAUUUAGUGCUUUUUUUGUAGAGGCAGUUGGAGUUUUUUGCAAUUGAAAGGGAGCUUGGACGCCCAAGUAAUAGUCAGCAGUAACAAAGAGACAGUCAAGGCCUCAGUAUGCCUGAAACUAACUUGUAAUUUGUCAUCCAACCACAUCUAAAGGUAAAGGCUGUUCUGAAUGGAUGAAACAUUUUAAGAUUGAAUAAAAAGCCUAUCAUUGUAACACUAGAUACUUGCACACUUUACACAACAUCUGGCAGCGUAAAGUGGUGGUUUCAGAAAGAUCCAAAAAUUGUCAAAUGAACUUCUUGGAUUCUAAAAUCAGAAAGGGGGUUCUAGACGCUGUGAAGAGCACUUUGUCUGAAGCUAACACUGUUGCGAAUCUUUCACGUAACUGUGUACACGGAGGGUUAAAAAGGUAUACCCCUCGAGGUAGGAAUAUCUUUUUUUGAGAGAUUUGCCCAACGCCAACAGAACUAAUCGUGGCAACACUUUAAGAGGUUUACUAUCUAAUGCAGAAAAAGCAGCAAAGGUGCAUCUUACAGACACAUUCUGUGACGAAUAUAUCCAAUUCUAGCAAGCCAGUGUAUAUACCGUAGGAUAGGAUCACCCCAAACAAGUUGGACCUCAGGUCCAUUCAGACAACUUACCUGCCAUCGCUUUAGCAAGCGCUGCUGAUCUUCCUCCACGUCGUGCAAAAGUGUGAGGUCUGAUAUAGAAUUUGUCUCUCACAGCAGCGCUCCCUACCUUCCUUUGCUCACUUGUCCUCUUCAUUGACAUUUUACAGAUGUGACAAGUGAUGAGUUUAUUGCCUCGUCUCUGCGUGUCAACACACAAAGUCACAAGAGCUACCCUCUGAUAGUCAUUAGGCUCGGAUAGCUGUUAUUGUCAACAGAGCUGCGUGAGGAGAAAAGAUAGAUGAAGGAAAUGGAGAUGAUUGAAACGCCUGGCAGAUUAUUUCUGUCACAGUUUCUGUGUCUGUGUGUCAAGUAUCCACUUCAACCUGCCACUCAUGUCUUGUCUGUUUGUUCAUUCAGUGCCAGACUUUAAUUUUGCCUCAGACCUGAUGUUGAAAAGCAUUACCUGCUGUUCUCCAUCAUGUUUCGCUUCAUGUUGACUUCAUGACGUUUUACUUUAUAACAGGCGUCACUGUGCUUUUCACGUAUGAUUAAGUUAUUGCUCAUAGUUGCCUUCCGGCUGCAAAAUGACCCAAAAUACAUUGGAUGAGUUUUAAUGUGUUCAUUUUUUUUGCAUAAACAAAAUACUCUUACCUUGGCUCUUGGCAUAACCUGAAUCUGACAGAACUCUAGUUUGGUAGCCGAGGGAAUAAAUGAGACACAUUUUAGGGAGCCUUUUGUGGACAUGGACGUCCGAUUUUUGGUUUUGGCUGUCAGAUUUAGGAACCAUAACUGCCACUCGUUUGCUGGAGCUGACAGCAAACACUCCAAUAAGAGAGUCCUGAUGAGUUGUUUGUGACGCUCUGCUCUUCCAGGCAUCGCCCCAUCCGUCAUUGCAAAUCAGCGUCCAGACUACAAACUGACAGGGAGAAUGGAAGUGAAUUCCUCUGCAGGAGAGACUCUAUCUGGCCACUGGUGAUCCACUCUCAGCCCCACAGUGGCAGGGAGCAGACAUAAUUUAAUGAUCUGAAUUCAAAGUUCAAGCUUAGCCCAUAGCCUAAUCAGAGCACGACAAAUGAUCAAUACAUUACACGCAUAAAAGCUAAUGAGACAGCACAAUGGAAGAACCCAAAGCCCAGACCCUCAUCAUGCCAAGAGGGUACUUAUGAGGGGUGGUUGUGUUUUAGAAUUUUAGAGAGGAGAAAUCAGAGCUAUUAUCCAGAUGGAAAGUUGCAAGCUAGUUAUUUCCUGGCUUUGUGAACAGCCGAAAGUGUUGCCUUAAUGUAACAAUCCAUCAGGGUUACACUCAGUCUUAAAGCUUAUUUUGGCUUUGUGGAUAUGUUUACAUGCAUACUAAUUAUCUGAUUUCCCCUGAUUAAACCAUUGAUUCAGCUGUAGCAAAAGAUUGGAUUUUCAUGGGACAAACACUGCUCAGAGAUGUCCAGUAUUCUGUAAUAACGCUGGAAAUAAUGCCAGCUUCUCGUGAGCCUGCCAAAUCUGUAAUUUUUAUGGCCAGAAAUUCCAGCACACAAUUCUGCUGGAGGUGAACAUCCCUAGAUAAUUCAAAUGUAUUCCUGGUGAAACUCAAGAUGCUGGCAUGCCAUGUCACAUUUAGUUGGUUGUUAUGUAGUAUGGAGCCCAAAAACAGACAAGAUUUUGUAAAAAGCUGUCAGACAGUUUAGGCAGUUUAACUGAAAACUGAGUCAGUUCAAUUAUUUAAAUGUGCUGACAAAAGAUUUUUUCCUUCACUUAAUAAUGAAAUAAACAAAACUUAAUUUAUUUAACUUAUCUCUCGUUAGCUCAUUUUAUUUUUCAGUUCCUUCAUUUCGACACAGCUGUGUCAGCUAGCUCACCUGGAAACACUAGUAGCUAAGCACGCAGCUACCUAGCUAAUGUUAGUAUGUUAGCCUUCAUCAUGAAAUCAAACCAGCCAGGAGAAUAUAAAGCUUUAUAGUUAAACACACAAAUAAUAUUCAGUUAUAUGUCCGUCAACCUUAUACUACAUAGUAGUUAGUUUAGGGCUCCAUAGUGUAAACUUCCUUAGCUAGCAGUUGGAUUUAUGACACCAUACAGAUACUUAAGUGUGUUUUCCUUUAUAAAUGUGUCAAAAUGGCCACAGGGGACAUUUAUGUGUAGUCUGUUUGUCACUUGACAACAAGUGACGAUGAUAGGCGCUCAUAUUUCUGAUAACCAGAUGAGAGGACAUUUGCCACUCAAUGCUAACGGCUAACUCUGAUAGUCUAACCUGCUGCUCCACUGCACAGCUUUCUAAGUAAACGUGCCAAGAUCCCAGAGAAAAACCUCACUUACUGCAGGGGAAUUAAGUCCCAUUAAAUGGGCUGAAUGUUUGAAUUGAACUAUCUCCGUACUCGGAUUCCACAAAGCAACAGAGCACAGUGUGCGUGUAAACAUACCCAUUUCUAAUGUUCGACUUUAAGGAAGUCAAUAAGUCGAGUCAGGAGGGGAGUGUAUUUCUUUAACUACCGCAGCUCCAGUUAAAUCAUGUUUUCUCUCCUUCAUGGUUACUGGGUAAAUUGGAGAGGGAUUCAACAAGGAUGAAGGGAAAAAUCAGGCUGAGCGCACGGCGCAUUUAUUUUAUCGACGAAAUCUUACUUUGGCGGGUCAGUGAAGUGUAAAUUCUGAAACAACAAAAUAGAUGGCCUGGCAUUUCACUAGCUUUUACCCCAUUUACCUUUGGUGCCCUUGCUUGCUUGUGUUCAAUUAAGUGGAGGUUACAAAUAUACCUGGUUAUCAGCCUCGUUUCAGCUGUCUCGCAGCCAGCCGUCAGCGCCAGAGACACAUUAUUGCUCUUUCUGGCUCGUAUAAAAUUGAAACACCUGCCCAGGCCUUUGUUUGGCAUUAACAGGGCGAGACCAAAUGAUCAAAUAUGACCUUUCAUCGACUGUACAGGAAUUGCCCAUCCCAAUAGGGAUGUGGACAAAAGCCAUGUCUGCAAGAGGCGCUGCCAGGUGUGUAAGCUAAUGCUUGCUCUCCCAAAGUGCGAGUAUUAUUCCUAAUUCUUAUCAGGCCGUGAUUCCAAGGUCACCAUCUGCUGUCCUCCUUUUCUGUAACGACUAAAACUGAAUGAAUGGGAGCCAUGAAAGGACGACCAAUUCGUUUCCAAGACCACAGUGACGGCUCUUGGAAAAGGUUGGUGCUCUGUUUAGAGAAUAAACAUGAAUUUUAUCUAGGAGGUCAUUAAGUCCAAGGCCCACUCAUUCACCCCCCCGCCGCCCCAUUUGACACACAACAGCCCCAUGGUCGUGAUUAUUGUUCUGCCUAGCUAUUGACACUCAAUUACCUUGUGAUCUUCCUGGAAUAGAAGCCGUUCAAUUUGUAAAUUUCUUUUGCUAGAGCGUUGAAUGAGUGCACCACAAACCAAUUUGUUCAGUAAACAGCCCUUGUGUCUCAAAUAUAUUCCUCAAAAUGAAUUAUUGUUGCCUCCUCGACAUUGUUUGCAGAUAAAAGGAAUAAAACAGCUGAUAUUUGGACUUUUUUUUAAAAAGUCCUGUUAUGUCAUAUUACGUGCCAGGCUGCAGCUAUUCCAGGCGUGCAGACCAGAGUUCUACUCCUCUCAUGUCUUUGAAACUUAGUAAUGAAAUUACUCCUUAAAGUGCAACAUUUGCUACACCAGUGGCAGUAUUUUGGUAUUUUCCCCGCCUUUAAUAUGCUAAAAAGAUUACAUACCAUUCAUCGUGUCUGUAUUUUCAUCAUUUUUUUCUAUCACGUUCUUUUCAAAGACAAAUCAAUUCAUUUGGGUAAAAUCAUUGUGAGCCAGCUUUUUUGGGUUCUUUGAUCUUUGUUCCCUCAAAGGUUCAACAAAUUUGAAAUAUGGAACUUGAUGCGUAAAUUUAGUUUGCUUCUGUGUCCACCAAUCGUAGCUCUGAUUCCACUGAAAUGAACCCUUUUUGCUCAGAAACGUUGGCGUGAUGAAACCUGGACAUUUCAGUCUCUUGCACAUUGUUGGGAAGAGAACUGGUUUGGACAAAACAAUGACUGUCGGGCGUGAAGUGACAUUCCAAUUAAGUCAGCAGCAACAUGCUUCCUGUUGCCAAUAGUUACAUGUGUCCAGUGUUGUUAUUUCAUGAAUGACUAAGUGACUUCCUGAUAAACAUUCAGAAAACGUAGUAGUAUGGUCCUGGACCCAGGCUAUAAAACUGCUGCUGACACUUUGACACCUUAUUAACAUCUUCUGAGAGGUCGGGGUAAAAGAUUUGACUCAGGCUUGAGGCUGUUUAACAAUAGGUGGUCUCUUUCAGGUGCUCAUGCUCAGGCUUAAAUAAGUGAACUCUAAAUGAUCCACAGAGGCAAUUUGAAACGGUUUGGAUGGUACAAAUCCCCAUGACUCACUGGUCAAAUCUCUUCCACUCACAGCAUCACAGUACUGUAAAAGGCUUUUCCUUCUGACAGCUUCCUACCAGCCAGCUAUAGGACAUUUACGAAAUUUCUAUAAAGGGGGAAAAAGUGGAUAUUUAUAAAUGGCCAUCUUUUUUUACACACUGGAUCAAAACUAUUUCUCUUAGAUGGCCAUGGACGCAGUCUACAUUAGGAUGAUGGAUUGAUUGCUUCAUAUGAACAAAACGUUUUAUAGGUUUUCACUGGAGUAUUUAAGAUGUAUGUAUGGGUGCUUCACUUGAGGCAGAUGAACUUUACAUUCCAGUUCUUCAAUUUGACCAAAUCUGCGUUAUUAUGAUUCCUCUACAAGCCCCAGUAUUUGUGUGUAGCAGAAAAUUGAACAGAAUUGCCUGGAAGAGCUUGAAAUCUGGUUCUUUUAUGUACAUUGCAGCAAAAUCCCAAACCUAAAUCGCAGUCUAAUGUCCCCUUGGGGCACCCAUACUGAAUUUUUAUGUGCAUAAAACUGCUAGAGAUGAGGAUUUUGUCCCUACUUUCAAAGUAGCAGACAAAGUCGACAUCCUCUCUGUCUUUGUAUCACAGUAUUUUGCUUUUAUUGUAAUUGUUCCAGAUUCAUUUCCGUGUCUAUUUUGUGUUUUUAUCAACCUAGGCGAUGUGAUAACGCAAUUGUUGCAUUGCCCUGGCAGCCAUUUUUACAUCUCUCUCAGAACUGUCUCUGCUCACGCGAGUAAGAGGUUUUGCGGUCGUCGGGCUUUGGAAAUUCGUUAUUGUUGCAUUUUUUGUGAAAUCUCGCACUGGGCUGGGCCUAAUCAACUGUUUUUAUUGUUGUGUGUCAAGAGGACUAUUUCUGUAUACAGUAUGUGAAAAUGUUUUUAUUUCUCUUGACUAUUAUAAUGGGUUUUAACCUGUGGAAAAAAAAAAACAAAGGAAAAAGCUCAAAAAGAGAUGAGACCAAAUAAAAUGUAACACUCCUUA